UUUGCACCUUAAUAAUUCUUUCUUUCCAAAUAUAUUUUGGUCUCUCUCUCUCUCUCUCUCUCACUAUAUAAAAUGGAAGGAGUAUCCAUGGUACGGAUUGAUAGGAAAUCAUCAAUCGAAAGUGAGCCUAGGACUUUGGGUUUUGAUCAAAUCCAAUAUGCAAGGGAGGCAGCCUUGUAUGUGUUAAAUACAAAGACCAUAGAAGAAGCAAUGACUAUCUUCAUGAAGGGAUUAGAGCCAGUUGUCAGUACUGCAAGACAUAAUGAAAAUACAAUGAUAGACACAGAAGAUGAAGAGCUCGAGUCUACAGAAGACCAACUAAGAUUACCAGCUGGGCGGAGGGAUAUAGCAUCAGCACCUUUCUAGUUAUUUCGUGAACUAUGCAAAUUUCUAUGUAAAAAUAUAAUAGUACGUGUACAGGAUGCAAUUUUGCCCUUCAAUCAUCCUAAUUUGAAUUUGUUA